CCACAAAAGAGCCGUAUUCAGCCGAAUACGAACUCUUUUACUCAUUCGUGUAAGAAAAACAAUGGACUCAAUAGUAGUAUUUUCCUUAUCUGAGUUUUGAACGGCCUUAUUAGAAUAUGAUGAUAUUUGUUUGAUGAUUUGAUAAUAAAAAUCAUAUAAAAUGCAGAGACGGCAUAGGAUAAAUUUCACCGAAGUGCUUUGUCGCUUUCUCCAACUGAGAACUGACCAGCCAUUCUACAUCCGAAAGAACCGACCAUUGGAUAUUCUUGCGGCUUGUCGCAUCCUAGAACCGAUCAAAAAAGUGAUUGAAGGAGUCCAUGAGCACGGUGAUAACAAUCUACGAGAUGCGGCAGACGAAUACCUCUUUGAUCAACAUCCAGUGAAAACGGUCGUGAGGAUGAUGGGUAGUGGCGAGCUGGUGAGCAACGAUGAGAGUCUCUUCGCUCUAGCAUAUAUGGCUAGAGUCUUCUCCGCAGGUGAUGAGAAACACAUGGUGUAUGAACAAAUACCCACUCUGAUUGCAACUUCCCGAGAUCUGUUUAUCUUCGUUAUCUUUUAUCGUGCGUUGUACAGAACAGAUACUGAGGACGAUAGUUUAGUAAAAGGCAAAGGAUUCGGCGAUGGAAUGAAGAAAGCGCUUUGGAAAUGGUACGAUAAAUACUCAGCAAAAGAAUUAGCAGAAUUGUUGGCUGUUGAUUCCAGCUGGCAAAAAUGGCGCCAUAAAGAUAUUUUGAGAAUGGUGCACAUCAACUUGAAAGAUGCUUCUAAAAGAGCGGUAAUUGAUGAGUACAUAGGAAAAGGCAGGAAGUAUCAAAAGAGGCGAAAAAUUGUGGCCCCGCCAGUCCUACCAGUGCAAGAGGAAGAGUCGAUCAACAAUCAAAUAGAAAAUCGUGAUUUGGCAGAGGGCAUUCCCGAACCACAAGCAAUCUUCGUACCAGUGGAUGAGCCGAUCAAUAAUCAAUUAGAAAAUCGCGAUCGGGCAGAGGGCUUUCCCGAAUCACGGCCAGAUUCACGGGCGAACCUCGAUCAAAAGGAAGAGGCGAUCAACAAUCAAUUAGCAAAUAUUAAUAUGGGAGAAAGCAUUCCGGAGCCACGGCCAGAUCCACGAGUGAACAUUGGAUCAGAGGAAGAGGCGAUCAGCAAUCGAUUAGCGAAUCUUGAUGUGGGAAAAAACGAUCCCGAACCACAGGCGGAUUCAACAAAGUCUGGGGAAGGAAUGGCAGGUUCAUCGUCCAAUGAAAACAAUACUUCAGAAGAAAAAAAUGUACCAUUAUCGGAUAGCGAGCAUUCUGGAGAGGAGUCAGUAGGUUGCUAUCUGGAAGACUCAACAUCGGAAUCAACAGAAUCGACAGAAAAGUACAUUCCAAAAGCAAAACCAUCUGGAAGCAAAGAAGGCCGACAUAUGACAAAAAAUGACAAACGACAAUUGAAAAUUAGAAAGAAAAAAAGACUUGAAAAGAAACAAAAAAAUCAAAAGAAGCGAGGAAAAGCAAAAAAACAGGCCAAGACAAAGCAUCAAGGCAAACAAAAUGCUAAAUUAUCGGCACAAAAGCCUCGGAUUACCGAGGCGAUGUCGUAAAUUAGCAUCAUGGUAGCCGAGUGAAAUUGUUUUCUUUUUUUGUAAUUUUAUGUAAACUUUAAGCAAUUCCGCUAGAAUUUGAAAGUGCAACGAAAAUUUUGUUAGAGUAUCAGAGUUUCGAGUAAAAUGAAGGAAUAAUUUUGUAUUGAUUCAAUGAAACAAACACUGAAACAUCAGUAGAAUUUUUUUUGGUAAUGUUUUAUGUCCAUUUAAUACACAUUGAAUUUAAAAAUAAAAUUGGAAAAUGUGUAAUAUAUUUGUACUACACACGAUACAGGUAGGAAACAAA